AUGGCGUUCAACUUUGGCACAUCCACUUCCAGUGGAGGCAGCCCGUCAGCGGAGCUUGGCCCGGAGCUGUCAGAUGUCUUUACAGACGAGAUUGGAUUCAAAGGCAUCUCUGGUGAUACUAAUAUCCGUUUCCUUCCCACACCCUGGCCCGAGAACGCCCUUCCCUCCCCGACAUGUUCGCUGCUGGCUGUCGCGCAGACAAAUGGUCUUGUUGUUGGUGCUGGUCCCGAUGUCCUUGUGAUAGGAACUACCGAUUCUGUCAGAAAAGCAAUUAGUGCGCCCGGCGAUAAAGCUAAAACGAGGUCUUUCCAACCACAGGUGACAAUUCCCCUCUCUGCGCGUCCAACACAUGUGGCAUUCACUGCAAACGACGAGGCAUUAAUACUGGCCUCUGAGAAUGGCUCGCAAAUUUCCGUAUUCCAGACCAGCACUCUUCUCCAGGGCAACGCCCAACCAGCCGUAUCCGUUCCAACGAAUGGCGCAUCGAUUCGCGCUCUUGUUCCAAACCCCGAUCCCAACUCUUCGCUCGUCGCCCUGGUCACCGCCAACGGCGAACUACUUGUUGCAGAUCUCAAGGCAGGAAAUCUCGUUUCUGGUGCCAACGGCCCCGUUCUAAAGACUGGAGUCAGCAGUGUUGCAUGGAGUAACAAAGGAAAGCAGCUCGUGGCUGGUCUUGCUGAUGGAACAGCCGAUCAAAUGACUCCGGAUGGAGUCGUCAAGGCACAAGUUCCUCGGCCUUCUGAUCUACAGAGCGAAAGUCAUGUGUCGUCUAUUGCAUGGCUUGAGAAUGAUGUAUUCUUCAUAGUGUAUACACCAAAUGCUCUUGAAGAUGACAUGGGCCAAAACCCCGACUCUUCAUACUACAUCAUAACGCGACGAAAACAGGCACCCUUCCUUAUCCAGAAAUUGCCAGACCUUUGCUCAACAAUGGGAUUUGGUAUGAAGCGUACCCCCGCAUAUCAAUUCAUUGCACGAUUGCGCGACUAUAAGCCGUACCUGAAGGACGUCCUCAUCGUAUCUUCCACCUCCUCCGCUGAUGUCGGCCUUGUUACCCGCUCCGAACAACCUUUGGCAAGUGAUGAUGCCUCGAAAGCCCUGGUUGGCCAGUUUACGACCACGGAGGUUGGUGACGACUCAAAACGAGCCAACAUCCCCCUGAAAGAAUCAGCCGAUGAGACUUCUGUCAUUGGUCUGGCUAUUGAUCUGUCGGCAACUGAACCUGUCAUUGCGCCAAUCCCUGGUGCAGAUAUUCAAGAGAGCUCGACUCCUCUCCCGGGGCUGCUGCUGCUUAAUAAUGAUGGCGUUCUUUGUUCCUGGUGGUUCAUCUACUCUGAGGCCAUUCGACAGAAAGUGCCGUAUGCUAGUCUUGCCGCAGGUGAUAAUAACGCAAUGGGGCUGUCCCAGAAUCAAUCUUCAGUGACAGCUCCGGCUACACAACAACCUGCAUUCGGGCAACCGGCUUUUGGUGCGCCCUCGCCAUUUGGUAAACCAGCGGCAGCUCCUUCCUUUGGAAGCCCAUCUGCCAUGGGGGCCACUGCAUUUCCGUCGACUCAGGCACCUGCAUUUGGUACCCCAUCCCAAAUAGGUGGAAUUGGAGCCCCUGCCUUUGGGACGCCAUCUGCUCCAGGUCCAUCUUUUGGAACACCCUCAUUCGGAAAACCAUCUCAGCCUGGCGCUGCCUUUGGCUCAACGAGCACCCCGGGACAACCAUCAUUUGGCAAGCCGUCAUUCGGCACAGCAGCUUCUCCAUUCGGUCAACCCCCCGCUGCCAAAUCUCUGCUCGCCAGUGGUACUGGGCUCUCUGGUUUCUCAGGUGGUUUCAGCAGUUUUGCCACCGCAAAGCCAGUCUUACUGACAAAGCCAGACCAACCUGCAUUUGCAGCGACUUCGGGAACAUCUAUGCUGGCGUCUCAACCACAAACUGGAUCUCCAUUUGGUGGUAAAUCUCAAUCUUCAUCUCCUUUUGGCGGUACAUCUCAAUCUAUAUCUCCUUUUUCCACCUCAUCUUCACAAAAACCCAGUGACGUCAAAAGUCCAUUUGGUACUGGUAACAGUGGCUUCGUUCUUGGGUCUGCUUUCAAGCCAGAUGGCUCUGCUGCCGACAACAGACCUCAGUCUGAUAAUGACAAAGUUAAGUCUGAAAACGCAGCAACAGGUGCUUUUGCUCUUGGAAAACUUGGUGAUUCGAUGUCAACAUCAACACUGACCUCCAGACCGGACUCGGAAGCCAUGGAUGAUGCGGAAGAUUCAGGGGUGUCUGCACCACCGGCUAAAAUUGAAUCUAAAUCCCCUUUUGGUGCGCCAUCUAUGUUUGGUACCUCCAGAACUUCCAGCCCAGCUGGCUCACUGUUUGGCAACAUCUCUGCUACUCAGACGACCACUCCUCAACCCAACUCACAAACUAGCAUUCAAAGCCAAAUAGGAAGUCCUCUGUCAGCUCCUUCAGAGAAGACCGUGACACCCAUGAAAGAGACGUCCAUUUCUUCCAAUUCCCUCUUCCCCGAGGCACCCUUACCGCCUGAUCCUUCUAGUCGGGACAUCUACGCCGCAGGAGAUACUUCUGCUUCAUCAAAUGUGUCUAAAAGUUCAAUGGACGAUGCGCCACUACCACCAGACCCAUACUUCAACAAGAACCCACCCCCCGAGGUUGAUGACGCCCCUCUUCCUCCAGAUUUCAUGUCCAAAGAAUCUGUACCAAAAUCCGAAGAUCAUGAUGUACCUCUGCCGGUUGACUCCACCCCCAAACCUGAGAACACACAGACGGAUGACCCCCCUGUUUUGGUUUCUGACGGCUCAGAUCUAGAAUCAGAGGUUUCAGAUGUGUCAGAGAAUGAGGACGAGGACCUUGGCCCGGCCCCUGAUUCAGAUGUGGAUUCAGAGCAAGAUGACCAUGAGUCUGAUUUCAGUGAUAGCGGAGAGGAGAUUACGCAUGACGAAAGUAAAAUUCCCAGUCCCGGACCCUCGGCUGAAAGUUCGUUCAGCGUAUCUUCUAGUAAGACUCCGACUCGAGGUUUGUUUGGUGGCAUUUCGAAAGCGACAGCGCAGCCACGCAAGCUAUUUGGAGAAAUUGGCUCGAAGCAACCUCUUCUUCCACCGCCUGAACCAGUUACAAAAAUCGGCCUCGACGCUUAUCAGUCCCCUAGUCCUACUCGCGUCACUUCUCAGAAGAACCCACUCUUCGGAAACAAAACCGAUAAGUCCAAGGCUGGCGAUGCUCUUUUCGCUCGCAAAGCUUCAUUGACUCAGAACGCCCAACUGAGAAAGGCCAGCAACACUGCCCAGGAGGAGCAGGCUCGCCGUCUGGCAGCCCAGCGACGCCAGCAGGAGGAAGAAGAGGCACUUGCCUUGUCAGACGAUGACGACGACGAGAAUCUUCGGGCUGACCUUGCUCGUCCCGUUGAGCCUGUGUCUACACUUGAUCCGUUCCUCCCUCACCAAAACUACAUGGGCGAUACCACAAAGCCAGGUAUUCCAGGCAUGAUUGAACGACUUUACCGCGAUGUCAACUCGAUGAUAGAUACAUUGGGUAUCAACGCCCGUUCAUUGCAGUCUUUCAUUAUGUAUCAGGACUCUCAAUCGUCAAACUUCGACAAUAUCCUCAGCAUUUUGCAAAGCGAGGAGCCUGCCAAUGUUUUGGAUGAGGAGGUAUUUUUACAAGACAUUAGGAAGCUCGAAGAUAUCGUCCCUGUCCUCUCUGUUUCGCUUCAAGAAGGGCGUGUGCAAGGUGUAGAGGAAAAACUGGAGCAGUGCCGCGAGUUGAUCACAAAGGACAUUCUUCACUUGCGCGGACAAUGCGCAAGCAUUCGCAAGACCCUCGAUGCCCAUACUGAUGCGAACGCAAUUCUCUUGGCACCUCUCUCCGCAGAGCAGGCUGCUCUCCAACUCGACCUUCGCACCACACUCCUUGAACUCCAAGGUCAAAUGGCCGAUCUCGAGCAGGGCGUGUCCAUGCUACGAGCCAAGCUGGCUGACAUGCCCCGUCCCGAUGGAAGCUCCAGCGGAUCUCGGAAGCGGCCCACCGUUGAAGCGGUCACCUCCACUAUUGCUACUAUGAUGCACAUGGCUGAGAGUAAGAGCAGUGACAUCGACGUUCUUGAGGCUCAGAUGCGCAAACUUGGAGUCGACAUUUCCGCAACUACCCCAAGCCGUGAAGGGUCCCCCUUUACAACGCCGCGCAAGAGCAUUGCUCAUUUCCCUAAUACCCCCGAUGGUAGCGCUUACCAUACACCCGAGUCUGCUUCUCGCGGUGUCAACUUCCGAACCAGCGUCAACGGCUCUGCAAAGCCUUCCCGCCUCCGCAGUGUUGAGGGUAUCGAUGCGAUAGCUGUCCAUGAGGAAAGUGCCCGGUGGAAGGUGAAAUCUAAGCGUCGCGAGCUUUUGAUCGGAAACGUCAAGGCCGCUAUUGAAAAGAAAGAGCGGAAGGUCAGAACCGUGGAUGAUUUAUAG